UUGAAAAUUUAACCGGAAGUCAAACGUCUCCUCCUAGUGAGUUUGACUGGUCCAGUCAGACUGGAAGCAGGUUGAUCGUUGAGAACCACCGGCUAGGAUAGACAAUGAUGAGGCGGUGAAGUAUUGCUUAUGAAAGUGUAAUUCGCGUGUAACCUGGCAGAUUAAUUAAUAUAUCACGACUUCUUGUGCAAAAAUGACGACGACCACGACAUAUCAAGGAAUGGAGCCCGGUGCUAAAAGCAGUUCCAGGGUUUUGCGCCCUCCUGGUGGUGGCUCCAACAUUUCUCUUGGUGCAGAUGAGGAGAAACCUCCUGUCCGGAAAAACAAGAUGGCCUCUUCUGUUUUCGCUGAGCCGGAGGACCCCUAUGCUAAUCGAAGGAACAACCCACCAGGUGGGAAGCCCACAGGGGUGCUUUGUGGUGAGCCAUCAGCCCCCCUAAGGAGAGGAGGGAACCACAACACCAACCACUCAGCAGAUGCCCCUGACACAGAAGGACAAAAUCCUGUACGUGAUCAUGAACACAGUGUAGCUGAGCCUGAAGCAGUUCCAGAGCAGCAGGAGGAGGCCCCUCCAGCUGAGGUGGCGGCUGCUGGACUACCAUCUGGCCGCAGGAAUCCCCCUGGGGGCAAGUCCAGCCUCAUCCUGGGUUGAAUCCCAGCCAACUCUCCCUCUUUACCUCCACUCGUCUCUGAACUCAUCCUUUUUUUUUUUUUUUUUUUUUUUUUUUUUUUUCUCCAAACAAGGAUCCCCAGCCCAUUUGUCUGUACCACAGGAACCCUGAUGUCCAACAGACACCAGUCUCCUCCACAUCCCCAAGUGCAUUGUUUUGAUACCUCUUUUUUGGGAACCGUUUUGUACUGUUUUUAUUGUUUGUUUAAUUUGACAGAAGCACUUUACGUAUUUCUAUGUGUAUGGUUCAAAGUCUGCCUUUGCCCCUGUAAUGCAUUAGACCUGUCAGAAAGGGUGCAAGGAUCACAAUUCUCAUAUCAACCAAUGGUAAAUUCUCAUUCAAUUUAUUGCAGCAGUACAAGCUGUAGAUGAUUAUACAAGCAGUUUCUAGAACACAAGCAAAGAAAAAAGCUGUAACUUUUGCACUGUGUUCAGUUUUGACCCAUCAUGCAUGCACAUCUGGUCUGUAAUGUAUGAAUGUGAGAAGAAACAUAACUGUGAAGAUUUUUUUUUUUAUAAUUCAACCUGUUUGUUAGUUGUUUUUUUGUGGAAUAAUUGUUGUAUUGUUGUUGCAUGAAGUUGGAGUCUUUCUACUGAUUAUAAUAUUAUUAUCCACAUAGGAGCCAAAUAGGAGCCACAUAAAUUACUAUCAUUGUGAUCUGAAGGAUGCAAACAUUUGUCUUCAAAUGAGUGCUGUAGGUCCCAUGUCAGGUAACAGAAUUGGAAUAAGCCUUUUUUAUAUUAUAGUCACGAACCUUAGAAUAUUGUAAACCCAGUGCCGGUUUUGAGUGCCCCGUGUUUUUAUAGGUCAAAUUUACUCUAAAUUAAAGUGUGCCUGUUUGUGUGUUAGGCUACAACAUCAAACAAGGUUGGGUUUGCCCUCACUGCAUCCUGCCAGUAUCACCAAGAUUUAGAGUUUUCCAUCGCGAGUCGAUGGAAUGUUGUUGGUCCUGACAAUUAAGUCUUUCCAGUAAACCCAUCCUAGAUUUGACAAGUGACCUUAUGACAGCUCAGCCUUUUUUUUUCUCUGUUUCCCCCUUAUACAUUUGUUAAUGAUCAUGCUCACUGGAAAUAUAGAACGGUCCUUUUGUAGAUUUCAUGUCACAUUAUUCAGACCAAAAUUCAAACUCCUUCCUGCUUCUGUCUUGUUGAGUCGCGUGUGUGACUGCUUUGUCAGCAAGCUGUCAUGCAUGAAAAACCUACAUUUAAGGUUCAUGAAAUGUCUUUCCUGUGGUGUCUAUUUUUAACGUGUGUUAUGAUGCAAGACAUGGCUGUUUGCAUUCUAUACCAGUUCCUGUUGCUUGAUGUAAAUCACUGCAGAAAUUUGAAUUCAAGAAAUGGCACAAGUGGAAAUUAACAUUAAAAAUCAAUCUUGACCAUG